AUGGUGUCACCCUCUGCGGCCUUUUUCACUUGCUGCAUAUGGGGGGGACUCCUGAGCCUCUGCGGCGGGCUGCAGACGGCCCGCUGCCAAGUGGGUGGAGUGGAGGAGUCGCGGUGGACGAAUGUGCCUGCGACAUUGACAGACCAAUCGUACGAGUUGGUUCCGUCUUUUGAACAUUCGGGCGCCUCAGUACCAUCUUGGGAUUCUAUAAACCGCACUGCCAGUGAGCCCCCUUUGGAUGCGGCCCCCCCUGUAGGGCGUGGAGGGUCAGGAAGGCGUAUGAACGCCAAGCUGAGCGCUGCUGUUCUGGCAUUGUUAAUUUCUGCUGGUCUCAUCUCUGGGCUGCAUGCGGGUGCCAGCUUGCUGCGUGGGGGGGCCCGCCCCCAGCCAAGGAAGAGGAGAUGCAGCAGUUUUUCGCGAGACGUUGACAAACUUGUUGUUGCAGCGGAGAAUCUAGUAAAGACAUUAAAGGAGGAUGACGCUGCAUCGAAGCUGUCGUCUUCUUUGUUAGCCCACGUGCAAGCACUGAAAGCAGCAGAUCCAAAUGCCAGCUUGCUGGAGGCAUGGUGGGUGCCUCCAGAUGUUGCUGCAGCAGCAGGACCAGGACCAGGAGCAGCAGCAGCCGGGGCAGCAGCAGAAGCAGCGCGAGCGGAAGCAGCAGAACUUAGACAACCAGCAGCAGCUGUCCCAACAGCACGAGUGGGAGCACCACAUGCAGCAGGAGGGGGGGCAGCAGCAGGAGCAGGAUCAGGAGGAGCAGCAGAAGCAGCAGCAGCAGCAGGUUUAAAAGUUGAGGACUGGGAAGAUUCUGCAGCGGCCCAUUGGGAUUCAGUGUUGUCCUUAACUCGGGAGCUUCAAAGCGUCUUUGUUACGCGGUUGCGCCACCUGCAGCGUGAGGCGGGGUUUCUAUCUCACACGAUUUUAUUCAGGGCUUCGAGUGUUAGUGCUAUGGCAGCAGCAGUAGAGACAGAUGCAGUACGCAUUGAAGCAGCUCUUACAGAUCAAAUGGCGCGUGCAGCUAAAUGGGAUUUUUAUAUGUUGAAUUCGAUGCUUCAAGCGGGUCAUCGGCUCUCAGAGGCGACCCCACGCGAUCCAGCAGAGGCUGCGAGGUUGUUGAGUUCAAUUGCAAGGAGAACAGCAAGUGCAGAGGCGGUGUUUGCAAGAGUAAAGAAGAGCUAUGAACAGGUGGGUCGCUGGGAGGAGGUUUCACGCCCCGUACAACUAGCGGAGUACAGCAUAGAAGCCACAGAGCUGAUGCACCGCUUGCAUAUUAUGGCAGAGGAUGCACAACUUCGUGCUGCUGCUGCAGCAGAGGGGGAGGAAGCGUGGGUAUUAGCAGCUAAAACUGUGCAGCAGGCGAAGGCACAGACACAAGUUAUCUUGAGGUUUCUAGGAGGAGAGCGACGCCCUGUCAGGGCUCUGGCUUACCUCCACAAGAUGCGACAUUUCUGUCGUAGUGCAGAAGAAGCGACAACAGCGGCUGAGAGAGAAACAGCAGCAGCAGCAGAAGAAAGAAAUGAAGCAGCAGCAGAAACACAAGCAAAAAUGCAGCAACAGCAGCAAGGAAAGAGUGAGCCUGAGAUACCAAUAGAAACGCUGAGAUUUCGUGCACAGAGGGAAGCAGCAACAGCUGCGAAACAUGCAGAAGUUGUGAAUAUGCUGCUGAGUAGAUUAGAAGAAAUUGAAGAAGUAACUAUACUUCGAAGCCCAGAGGAGCAGCACUUCCAGCUGGCGAGGUCUUCAGCAGUAGCACACCAGCUAGCCAAGCUGACAGCAAAGGCAGCGAAAGCAGCAGCAGCAGCAGCAGAAUCUGUAGAGUUUAGCGGGAGAUAUGGAGCUGUACAAGCAGGAGCGAAGAGAGCAGAAGAGCUACGUCGGGAAGUGUUCGAUUGUGCUUCUGCUGUUGUGCGGUGUAUAGCCGUUCAUGGUGCUUGGUUUCAGCUGGAUAACGCAGUACAGACCUCUAUUGUAAAGUUGCAGCAGGGAGUAGAAGCUCUCUCUCUGACAAGCCCUAAAGGUAGUCAGCACCAGCGCGCUGUACAGCUUCUAAGAGACGGCAAUGCAAACCUUACAAGGAGGAGAUUCAGAACAACUGCUCAGCUCUCUUCUGCAGCCAGACAUGCGGUUGGAUUGUUGGGUUUGGCGAGGCGUGUAGAACAAAUACGUCUUCUAGAAGAAACGAGAAGCGGCAUGACUGCAGGUGUUGGAGUAGAGCGGCGUCACUAA